AUGAAGACCACAUUGUAUGAUAAUGAUGUUGAUGAAGACGAUGAUGAUGCUGAUUUCUUGAUGAUGAUGUGGACGGAGUCUGGAGCAAGCUAUGAAAGGAUUUACCAGACUUGUCAUGUAAGUGAUCCUAGAGACAACUGGCUUCGAAUGCCUUAUAUUGAAAGAAGAGGAGCAAAUAGGAUUCAUGUAGAAGUUAAAUUCACAAUGUACUCAUGUACUGGCAUCGUAGAUGCCCAACUAUGUAAAGAAACAUUUGAUGUGUAUUUUUAUCAGUCGGACACCGACGACGCAACAGAAACGUCGCCAGACUGGAGCUCUCCACCUUACCAGAAGGUAGCGAGGAUAGCGGCCGAGGGCCGGUUCUCUGACCCCGACACGCAGGACGAGGAGGUCGUCAACGUGCGGAUUGAGGACUACGGGCCCGUGACGGCCAAUGGUUUCUACAUAGCAUUCCGGGACCAAGGGGCGUGCAUGGCCCUGCUGCAGGUGCGUGUCUUCUACCAAGUUUGUCCUCAGGUGAUUUUGGACUUUGCGAUUUUUAAUCAGACCAACGAGGGUCCGGAGACGCACACUCUUGUUACGGUACCAGGGACGUGUAUAAGGAACGCUCAGCCGGUACCACCGGGUAGCACGCCUCAGUAUAUAUGUCAAAAUGAAGGGAUAUGGUCACUCAACCAAGGAGGAUGCGGAUGCUCACCAGGGUAUGAAGCAGGUGCAGAUGAUAUCAGUUGUCAAGGUCAGUACCUUCCUUUUUGAACCCUCAUUAAUAAUAAAUGCCCAG